CCUGGGACUAUUGAUUGAUAGAAAUUUUGCAAUUUGUGAUUAAAAUAAACUUUAUUUAAUUAAGUAAAAAUAACAAUAACAAUUUUGUUAAACUAAAAUAUAACUAAUAGGUAGGUAAUAAGAUAUUAUAAUACAAAUUAUUUGCAUUCAACAGUAAAAUCUUCAAAGAUUCUAAUUUUCAAAGGAUUACCCCAAUCUGGUUUUUCAAUUUCUUCAUUUAGAGCAAUUUGCGUUUUAUUUACGAAAAUUUUGAAUUUACUUUUAUCAGAGGUAAUAAUAUUUUUUAGUUUAAUUUUUUCAUUACUGUUACAGAAAACAACACUAAUAUGCUCCAUAAACACAUAAUAAUCAUUUUCUUUAAUGUUGCAAAACCAGUAAUUACUAUUCCAGUAAGGCAUCAAAAUUGAAUUUUUAUGAGUUUUAAAAUGAUUUUCAAGUUCAGAGAAGUUUUUAAAAUUCUCAAUUGUGCAAUUUGGCACUGGGCACAUUGGUAUGGGCUCACGGUAAACACAGUUUUGUUCAUGUUCAUACAGAUACAAGCAAUUAAAAUGCUCCCCACAUUUCCAUUUGCAAAAUACUUCCAAAUUUAGGAAUUCCUUGUGUCUUAUGUAUACCAUACGAUCAUGACCAUUGGGGCACUUUUUGCUUACAUAAUUUUUACAAAAACUACAAAAUACAGUUGGUUUAGAACAUUUUGCAUAAGAAAAAUAUUGUUUUGAAUAAAAUUCCUUUUUACAAAAUAGGCAAAAAUAGUUGAACAAUAUUUUGUCACCAUCAGCAUUAAUAAUAGACAUUCCACAUGUAGAUAGUUUACAACCAGGAUAUGCUUUUUUAAUUGUUGGUGACAAAUAAAGUUUAUUAGUAUAACAUUUAUUAAUCAUGGAUAAUUUGUCAUUUUUUUUUACCCGCAAUUUAGUAAACUGAACAACAUCAAACCUUAAUAUUAGUUCACAAAUAAUGUUGCCCAAUGUUUCAAGCUGUCCCAUAGAAAAUUCAAAUCUUUUUUGCAUGAAUGUGUCACAGGGUUGAAAUUUACUGUUCAUGCAAAAUGAACCUUCUUGUAAACGAAAUUGCUGGCUAAUCUCUUUAGCUAACUCUUCGGGACCCACCAACUUACUGUCAAGAAAAAUUUUGCUCUUCUUUGUAUCCACUGAAAUGUUCAACAUGAAAAUCAUGUUUUCCGUGCAGUACAAGAAGUAUUUGUCUGAAUCAAUGGUGCCAUUAAUUUGAACAACUGGCCUUUUUAACAAAUAACAUCUGUGGUAUUUUUUAAAGUGUGCCAGCAUCAAGUAGGGUGGCAUGUUUGAGUCGGAGCACAAUGGACACAUGUGGAAAUUUUUGCUGAUGCAGCUUUUUUCAUGUUCUUCCACUUGAUCGGGGAGCAAAAGUGAGGUGCAUCCCUCGUAACGGUUGUAACAUUUAAAAAGCAUUGUUGGAAUUACUUUAUUCACCUGCGAUGGCGCCCCGUUAUCGUCUUCUUCAAUGCAUCUGCCACAUUUCGUGUCUCUGUUGGGGUAGGCGCGAACUGGUAAAACCGACAAAUAUUUUGAACAUUCCGAACAGAUCAUCUCGUCCAAGACCUUGUCAGGAACAAUUGUAUUCAUUUUGCUGAUUUCACUUUAACUCUCAAGGCAUACAAAACUUGGAAAAUGAAAAUGCUAAACUACACAAAUCCAGAGAUAAAAAAUCUGUGGAUUACGCAGAAACAAAGUUGCCAACUCUUUGUCAAGUUGCAAUUUUGUUUGGCCGAUUUGUUUAGGAUUCUAGUUUUAACACAUAAAUUUAUUAUUUGCUAUUUUAGGCUGAAACGCUUCUUCCCUAAUAUACAGAGCGUUAUUUUAAAGUACAUGCGUUUGUCCCAAAACUUUGCAAAAUCACCAGAGAUAAAGAAGGUUAAUCACUUUGCCACAGAUUAUAAAGAUUAUGCACUUUGCACCAUUUAAUAAUGUUCGUCAUGUUGGCAAAACUUACUCUUUUAAAUUUGACAUUUAAAAUGUCACAAUUUUGUAAAUAAACUGAAAAUGAUGGUUUCAAAAACGGGCUAUUAAACCAAAAGUACAUCAUGAAUUGCGUUAUUCCCGGUGGAAAUGUGAAAGUGCUGGCUAGAGGGUUACAAGCCUUGGCCAAAAUCGGGGAUGAUCUUUUUAUAGAAUUCAAGAAGGAAUUAAUUUCUUUCGUGGCUUUAAAUCAAAGUAAAACUGUUUGUAGUAGGUUUAAUUUGUUGUACAGUUAUUUUUCUACGUAUGAUGUUAAUGAAGAGGAGCUAAGAGAUCAAAGCAAUAAUGCUAUUAAUUGUAAAAUUCAUAUGAAAGUUUUACUGCCUUUGUUUAAAGGUAUUAAUUUGGAUAAAAAGUUCGAAUACAUUAAAAUAGACUAUGAAACAAAUGCAGAUAUUAUUUUGUUUAAAAUGAAAUACAAAUGCGAUGAUAUAGUAAUGUUGCAUAAAUUGCGGCUCAUGGAUACAGAAGUGCUAAAAAUAGGGGUUAAUACAAGUUCUGGUUCAAACAACACUUGUGCCACAAAUACUUUUUACAAUCAGCUGAUGACAAUGUUUAGCAAUUCUGAUGACGAAAUAACAUUGGAGAUUGAGAGGGAUAAACUAGUGGCCAGAAAUUAUUUUGUUGGUGCCCCACCUAAACCCAGAGCAGUGAGGAGUCAAGUCAAUCUUAACGGGUCUGAAUUUUUGAUUUACAAAAUUGAAACUGAAACGACCAUCAAUUUUUCCCUGAAACCUUUUAGGACUGCCAUACAGUUUGCAGACGGGUUGGGUUUAAAUAUUGGAUUUAAUUUUGAGACUGGAGGAAGGCCGAUGUCGAUGUUGAUGAAAAACCCAACGUUCGAGCUAAUUUUCAUUGUCGCCACCUUAAACCCGUACAGCGACGGCCAGUCGACAAUCACGGCCGCCUCGAUACCCGCGCGAAUAACUCAGCAAAGUCAAAACGGCGCGAAUAUAACAGUCGAAGAUCAACUGGCGAUCUUGAACGAGAACUGGGACGAGUUCGAGAUAGACGAGAACCAGAAAGACAAAAGAAGCACGCCGUCGGCGACCACUAGGACUCUGAGGGUGAAAGCGAAAGAAAAGGUUUUUAGUGCGGCCGAUGAAACAGUGGACGUUUUACCGGAGUCCCCGGAAUCCCCCAGAACGAAAAGGGCCAAAGUGGUUUUUGGCCGAUGUCUGGAUCCGACUUUUUCGGAGACCAUGUUGGGGGAAGUUUUGGUUGGCAACAGCGAUUCCGAAUAAAAUUUGAACAAAUGUACCUG